UUUAUAAGGAGAUGCAAUGGAAACAGCCAGCAUAUAUAUGUAUCAACACCUGCUAAACAGAAAGAGAGAAGGAGAAGAUGGAAAUGGAUUCCAAGACAGCAGUAGCUGAUAAGCCUCAUGCAGUUUGUAUUCCAGGCCCAGUUCAAAGCCACAUAAAGGCCAUGCUCAAAUUUUCAAAGCUUCUCUAUCAUAAAGGUUUCCACAUAACCUUUGUGAACACUGAGUUUAACCACCAACGUUUUCUGAAAUCUGGAGGUCCCAACUCUUUGGAUGGCUUGCCUGACUUCCAAUUCAGAACCAUUCCAGACGGUCUCCCUCCAUCUGAUUCAAAUGCCACCCAAGACAUCCCUUCUCUUUGUGAUUCUGCUAUGAAAAGAUUCUUAGCUCCAUUUUCUGACUUUCUUGUGAAACUCAACGUUGCAACUUCCAACAAUCCUCCUGUGACUUGUAUUAUCUCAGAUGGUUUCAAUGCAUUCACUGUCACAGCAGCUCAAGAACUCAGAAUCCCUGUUGUAAUGUUCUUCCCUAUCCCUGCUUGCAGCUUAAUGAGUACUAUGCAGUUUCGUCCUCUCAGAGACAAAGGCCUCACUCCACUUAAAGAUGAGAGCUAUCUAACAAAUGGGUAUCUGGACACAGUUAUAGACUGGAUUCCAGGUAUGAACCACAUCCGUCUGAGGGAUCUCCCAAGCUUCGUUCGAACUACAGAUCCAAAUGAUGUUUUGUUCAAGUUUGCCGUUGACGCGGCAGACACUGCUCUUAAAGCUUCGGGAGUAAUUAUUCACACAUUUGAUGCGUUAGAGCAAGAGGUUUUGGAUGCUCUCUCCCCCAUGUUUCCUCGCCUAUAUUCCAUUGGCCCUCUCCAACUACUUCUCAAUCGCUUACCCAAUGACCCUCUGAAGUCAAUUGAGUACAGUCUAUGGGAAGAAGAAACUGAGUGUAUCCAUUGGCUUGACACUAAGGCACCCAACUCAGUGAUGUAUGUAAACUUCGGCAGCAUAGCUGCCAUGACACAACCUCAGCUGAUUGAAUUUGGUUGGGGACUUGCAAAUAGCAAGCACCCAUUUUUGUGGGUAAUCAGGCCUGAUUUAGUUGUGGGUGAAUCAGCGAUUUUGCCACCUGAGUUCAUGGUGGAAACAAAAGACAGAGGUCUAAUCGCCGGUUGGUGCCCUCAAGAGGAAGUGUUGAACCACCCCUCAAUUGGUGGGUUCUUAACGCAUUGUGGGUGGAAUUCAAUCGCUGAAAGUGUAUGCGCGGGAGUGCCUAUGCUUUGUUGGCCCUUCUUUGCGGAUCAGCAAAUGAACUGCAGGUAUACUUGCAACGAAUGGGGCAUUGGCAUGGAGAUUAAUAAUGGCGCCGACAGAGAGGAAGUAGGAAAGCUUGUGAGAGAGUUGAUGGAAGGAGAAAUGGGUAAGAAGAUGAAGAAAAAGGUCUUGGAGUGGAAAGACUUGGCCGAAGAGGCCACGGGUCCAAAUGGUUCUUCAUCCAUCAACUUGAACAAUUUGGUGAAUGAAGUGCUUUUAACAAGAGGCUAGAUAUGUAUUGGAAGCAAGUGAUAAUAAUUACAAUAAAAGUGUUGUGAUAAAUGUAUGCUGUUAUUUUUGUUUAAUUUAUUUAUAUUAAUAAACUUCAAAUUGGACCUGUUA